CUCCGUAUCCGCCUGUAGUUUCCCUUGCGUAGCGCGGGUCGGGGCUGUUCCUCCUUUGGCGAUCCCCGGUACCGCCGCUGGCAUCCGACGAAGUGCACGUCGGAGGUCCCCCGCCCCCAGUCUUAUCCCCCGCGUGGCUGUCCGUCCUGUUUUCCCGCUGACUUGCUGCGCUUCGGGGAGCGUUCUGCCCAUGGCUGCAGCCGCCCUGGCCACGGCCUUUGGGCAGGUGGUGAUCGGCCCGCCGGGUUCGGGGAAGACGACGUAUUGUCUGGGUAUGAGUGAGUUCCUGAGCGCGCUAGGCCGGCAAGUGGCGGUUGUGAACUUGGACCCGGCCAACGAUGGGCUGCCGUACGAAUGCGCGGUGGACGUAGGCGAGCUGGUGGGGCUGGGAGAUGUGAUGGACGCGUUGCGGCUAGGGCCCAACGGUGGCCUGCUCUACUGCAUGGAGUACCUGGAAGCCAACCUGGACUGGCUGCGUGCCAAGCUCGACCCCCUUCGCGGCCACUACUUCCUCUUCGACUGCCCAGGCCAAGUAGAGCUCUGCACGCAUCACGGCGCCCUGCGUAGCAUCUUCUCCCAAAUGACGCAGUGGGACCUCAGGGUGCGUCUCGGGAUGGGCAGGCCUAAUUUGAAUACGGAGGAACUAAGACAGGGAGGACAGAUGUCACACAAAGAGCUGACUGCUGUCCACCUGGUGGAUUCUCACUACUGCACAGACCCAGGCAAGUUUAUUUCAGUACUGUGCACCUCCCUCGCCACCAUGCUGCACGUGGAGCUGCCACAUGUCAACCUCCUUUCCAAGAUGGAUCUCAUUGAGCACUAUGGGAAGCUGGCCUUCAACUUGGACUACUACACAGAGGUCCUGGACCUCUCUUACCUACUUGAUCACCUGGCAUCUGACCCUUUCUUCCGCCACUACCGCCAACUCAAUGAAAAACUGGUGCAGCUCAUUGAAGAUUAUAGCCUGGUCUCCUUCAUCCCUCUGAACAUCCAGGACAAGGAGAGCAUUCAGCGAGUCCUGCAGGCUGUGGAUAAAGCCAAUGGCUACUGCUUUGGGGUCCAAGAGCAGCGAAGCCUGGAGGCCAUGAUGUCCGCCGCAGUGGGAGCAGACUUCCAUUUCUCCUCCACACUGGGCAUCCAGGAGAAGUACUUGGCACCCUCGGACCAGUCAGUGGAGCAGGAAGCCAUGCAGCUAUAGCAGCAGCUGGGCCGUGGAGAGCAGGAUGCAUAACCCAGCUAUGGAGAAAGUGGAGCCUCCUGGUAAGCACUGGACAGCUCAGCAAGCUGCAGACCCAGGAGCAAGUCCAGCAAGAGCUGAGAGGCUGGCAAGAGGUUACCUAGCUCUGCAAAAGGACUUCUGGUCAAAAACACAGACGUGGCACCAAGCAGAGCACCCACCACACACUCAGUGGUGCUCAUGCCAUCAGGAUGUUGAGCACUGGUUCCAUUCAGACUGUGAUGGAAUGCACUACAGUACAAGACUUUCCUUUCUA